GAGCUGCUGCUCCCUAUUUCUGCUUUGUCUUCAUCUUUCUCACUUCGGCUCUUCCGCCGCGGACUCGGCUUCUCCUCCGCCGCCCGCCGGCCAUUCUCUUCUCGGAUUCUCCUUGCACCACCAUUGUAGAUAUUCUUUCCUCCUCCUCCUCCUCCUCUCUUCCCCCUUCGACGGCAAAAGGAACCGGUAAAAAAAAAAAGUAAGACAUGGAGGAGAGCGGCACCGAAUUGACGCAACGCUCAAAUCAUUCCUCCGCCUCCUCCGCCUUCAUGUCGUCGUCAUCAUCUGUGCCUCCUAGUUCAUUGGAUCGACCCAAUUUCUCUCAGCCGUUCCACCACUUCGCUUUCAGCUUCAGUCCCGACGCCGUCGCCUCCGCCAAAAGGCCGGGCAUUCCGCCGAUCCCUCCCUCCCUGACUUCCUCCUCGACGGUGGCACUCCCAUUUCACUCACGAUCUCUUUUCCAGCCCUUUGGCUGUGAUUCAUUUCCCCACCUCACUAUCCCUACGCCAUCGCCGCCGCCUUUGUUAGUUGACCCCAUGCUGGUCGACGACCGGACGCCUGCCUGUCGUACACCGGCGCCUGGUAGUGGUCUUCCCCACCUCCGCACGCACCGCCGCUCCCAUAGUGGUGUACCCUUUGGCCUCCCCCUACCUUCGCCCCCGGCGCCCAGGCCUGUGCCCUGCCCUAAGUUAGUGGACAACGGCGUCACCGAGGUAGCCCUCACUGGCAACCGCUGCAAGUCCGAAGUGGCAGCGGUGGACGAUUUGAUCAUCGCUUAUAUGGGCAGAUUGGACAAGUUGAACUCCUCUGGAACGGAGGAGAGGCACGGGGAUCUGGUAGACUGCAGCAGGAUGAGCGGCACGAGGACGAGCGGGGCUGAUAGCAGUGGGAAUGAGGCGGAGAGUAGCAUCAAUGAGAGCGGUGGGGAUAGGAAAGAAGGGAACAAGAGGAGCGCCUCAGGGGAUCUGACGCCAAUGAGUACGCGCCAUCGAAGGAGUUUCUCCAUGGACCAUUCCACAGACAAGCUGCAUUUUGGCGACGAGUCGCCAAAGUUUCCACCUUCGCCUGUGGGGCAGCUCUCUCGUAGAGGCUCGAUGGACAAGACAACGAAUACAUUCAGUUUGGAGUUCGGUAAUGGCGAGUUUAACAGCAUCGAGAUGAAGAAGAUUAUGGCAGAUGAGAAGCUUGCAGAGAUGGCUUUAGCAGAUCCUAAAAAAGUGAAGAGAAUUUUGGCUAACCGCCUUUCAGCUUCUCGAUCCAAGGAGCGGAAAAUGCUCUAUAUUUCAGAAUUGGAACAUAAGGUGCAGACCUUGCAAAACGAGGCUACUGCAUUAUCGGCACAAUUGACCAUACAACAUAGGGACUCAGCUGGACUUGCAAGUCAAAACCAUGAGUUGAAAUUACGUCUACAAGCCAUGGAGCAACAAGCACAUCUGAAAAACGCACUGAACGAGACACUGAGUGCUGAAGUCCAGCGUCUAAAACUCGCGACAGGAGAGAUCAAUGAAGCUCAGCUCUCAAAGAACAUGUAUCAACCAAGUCCUCAAAUGUUCCAGUUGCAUCAGUUGUGGUCCCAGCAGCAGCAAAAUCCUCCACAAACUUCACAGGUUUCUCCAUAUGAACUUCCAAUGCCCCAACAAAAUCAAACCAACGUUGCCGCCAAGCUUGAAUCAAGCAAAUGUUAAUGGCCUCCAACCGGCUUGACAAAGAAGAAGGUGCAAUUUUAGGCUACUCGGUGUUCCAAUAUUUACAAUAUGCGAAAGCAAGACGAUAUGCUCAUACCAGAGCUAAUUUAAGAAAAUUUUUAGAACAAUUUGGCAAAGUGAUUUUUUCUGUAUUCUUUUGGAUUCUUUCUAUAUAACAAUUGUUUCCCUCAUGAUA